UUUUUUGAAGAAAAACAAGACUGUCAAAUGGUUGUUUCAUUUUUGUGACAUUUUAGGGUGUGUAAAGGUUGGUUUUAUUAGCAUGUAUAUUUCCUAAAUUGCUAUCGUAAAAUGCCUAAAUAUUAUAGAUUUAGACCCACUUCACCAACACGAAGAAUAAAAAGGAAUAAAGAGAAGGACAAAGACACCGAAUUUUUUAGAAAUGAAACGGAUUUCGAGAGGAACUGGUUGGAUUUAACACUAGCAUGCCCAGCAACGCCCUCUUGGUAUUUACGUCGAAUCGCUUGGCGGGAGAGUCAUCCACCCCUUAUGGGUCUACCACGGCAACUAGCUACGGGUCUUCGAGCCGAAUUACAAAUCAAUAAUCGACCAAUUUUAGUCUUCAAAAUGCCACCAACUUUACGGACUCAGGACAUGUUGCGUUUGUUUUAGUUUGUUCUUAAAAAAUCUAAAUUAAUGGUGUUUUUUAUGGUUCGUUUUCUUUAGCUCAUUUGGCCUUAUUGUCCAUAAAGAUUACAUUUAUGUACACAAUGAAGAAACAAAUUCUGUUAAUAUAAGUUAAAAAUAUUUAUAGUAUUUUUAUACUUUAAAACAAUUUGUUUUCGACAUAUCGAUGUUU